GUGACCACAUUCCUUAUUAGAGAAGAUGGUCGGUGGUGGAAAGAAACAUUGACCGAGACCAGUUUGAGAGAUCGAAACCCAUUCUUGUGUUGUGUGUGUGAUUUCCCCAAUUCAAUUCCAAUCAACUGUUGCGGUGACCGGGAUCAGAUGACGUCAGCUACGGCUAUGGCUGCUACUGUCUCUCACAUUCACCCUCAGCUCUCUUGCUCCACCGCCCUUCACUCUCACCGCACCCGCACCCUCCAACUGCUCCGGCGAUCCCACCUUCCAUCUCCUUCCGUUCGCUCCAAGUUAUCAAUUGUUAUGAGUCUGGAGAGGCAUGGCACAGAUACUUCCGAUUCUGAUACCAAAACUACACUAAGUUAUGCAGCUGAUGCAAAAGAAAACCAUGAUGCUGAAAAGAUAAGCUCUGAAGAGGCAGCAAUGGAAGGCAUCAGUCAACAGAAAGGCACUGCGAAAAUUCACGAUUUUUGUUUAGGCAUUCCCUUUGGUGGAUUUAUUCUAACUGCAGGGAUUAUUGGAUUCCUUUUUUCACGGAGCACCGCAACACUCACCAGUGGUGUGCUCUUUGGCGGUGCUUUACUAUUCCUCAGCACCCUCAGCUUGAAGGUCUGGAGGAAAGGAAAAUCAAGUUUACUGUUUAUUCUAGCACAAGCAGCAUUGGCAGGAAUCCUUAUGUGGAAGAACUUUCAGAGCUACUCAUUGGCAAAGAAAAUAUUUCCAUCUGGCUUCAGUGCUAUUUUAAGUUCUGCAAUGCUCUGUUUUUAUUUGUAUGUGCUUAUUUCUGGAGGAAACCCACCACCUAAGAAAUUGAAGCCAUCUGCCAGCGUCGCAUGAUGAGAUAAUGAAGGUUUUGUUACCCUAUGUGAUGUGGGACAUAUGGUUGUUUUGCUGCAAAUUGAAGUAAGAUUGUAAGCUAGUUUGAUUAACUCACUUGUGAAAGUAGAUCAGCAAAGAGGUGCCGAUUCGAUUAUUGCUUUGAAUUCCAAGGCACUUAUUGGAUUCUAUAUCAAAAAAUGAAAUUUGAUGAACUAAAAACCCAUCUGCAAUUUAUACUCAACAUAGAUACUAAGUUACAUAUGCAUCUAGCAUGAAAUUUGGACCCGAGAUAGGAAAUGGAUAAACAGUGAGGGAAAAUUCAGUCAACAUGUUAGUGAUCAUGUAUUGAUUACAACCCAUUUAUAUGAUUCUCUUGUCUCAUAUAUGGUAUAACAUUCUUAAAGAAUGCUUGAAAAUUUAAACAUGACUAGGUCAUGUCAGUGAGGAUUUGAUUCCCAUUGGUCACACACUAGGAUGAUGAAGUACAUCUUCUAUCUAAUUUGCUGUCUUGUAUGCUAAGAUGCUGCUUUAUAAUGGAAAGGAAUGCUGAAUAACACCUGAGCUUUUAGAAAGGAUACCCAACAUUUCUUAAUAUACAAAGUAAAUCAACCACAAUUCCACAAAAAAUGCAAGUCUAUAACAAAGCACCACAUUCCAAUGACAUACCACAUGUCCAAAAGUGUCUGAUAGACACAAGAUCAAAUAACAGAAUCAAACUGGUUUUACAGUUAAUGCAAUCAACCAACUAAAAUAAAAUGCAUAUCCCUAGGAUUAGAAGAAUUCCAAAAUGCGAGCCAAUACAGAAAGAUGCAUGGAACUUGAAGGUUUGAAGCUACAAUAUCAACCUAGUUUUUCAAGUAUCAAACUAAUAUGGAUUUCAUAUGUUUGUAAUUAAACUCUUGGUCCAAUUGCCUCAGAAUGGUUUUGUAAGCAUGCUAAU